UUCAGGACAGAAAAUGGCGACGGCGGGGAGCCGUGCGUCGUCGUUAGGCGGAUUAUUAGACUCCAGUAGCGGCACAAACGUCGGGAACGGACUUCAGGGCAGUUCCGGCGGCUCCACACUUUCGAACAGCAGCGGGAAAGUGAAGAGAAAUGCCGGGGAGAGUUCGCAGUGGAGGCGGAAGGUGAGGAGUGUGGAUCUGGAUAAAUGCGAGAGCGGGACCGCAGCGCUGCACUUCCUCACGGUGUCCGGUCCCGGCUCGAUCCAGACCGCCUUACUGCAGCAGAGCCUCGCAGAGAAAACCAGCGAUAAUCUGUGCAAUAGUGCUCGGGAAUGGAUGAGGAGCUCUUUAAAGAGCAGCGAGAGUCCGAGCGCUGAACACGGAGGGGCUGCUGCGGACGUGAACGCUUCACACUCCAGUCGGGACAUGGAGAGCAAGGAGACUCUGCGCGGGCUGCAGAAGAUAGAGGACCGGCCAGAAGAGCGCUUGAUCCGAGAGAAGCUCAAGGCCACCUGUAUGCCCACCUGGAAGAGCGAGUGGCUGGAGAGGCGCAGCCGGAGAGGCCCGAUGGUAGUGAAGCCCAUUCCUCUGAGAGCAGACGGCACUGAGGCGGGAAGCGACAGUCACAGCUCAUCUUCCUCUCAAAGCAGAGGUCAUCGCAGCCCUUCGCCUGGACCUUCCUCUUCCUCAUCCUCCACUAAGACCACUGGGAAGCCUGAUUCUCCUGGUCUGCGCAGACGGAGAGGAUCCCCAGUGCCUAGCGGGAGGGUGACGCCCCCUCGGAGAGCUCCCUCCCCUGAUGGCUUUUCCCCAUAUAGUCCAGAGGAGACCAACCGCAGGGUCAACAAGGUCAUGAGAGCCCGCCUCUACCUGCUGCAGCAGAUAGGACCUAACUCGUUCUUGAUUGGCGGAGACAGUCCUGACAACAAAUUCCGGGUGUUCAUUGGUCCACAGACGUGUAGCUGUGGCCGAGGGACGUUCUGCAUCCACGUGCUCUUCGUCAUGCUCAGAGUCUUCCAGCUGGAGCCGUCGGACCCUCUGCUGUGGAGGAAGACCCUCAAGAACUUUGAGGUGGAGAGCUUGUUUCAGAAGUACCACAAUCGCCGCAGCUCGCGCAUCAAAGCUCCCUCACGCAGCACCAUCCAGAAGUUUGUGUCUCGCAUGUCCAGCUCUCACACGACAUGUACCUCCAGCGCCUCUCCAUCCAGCAACGAAAGCAGCAUGAAGGAUGAGGAGGAGCAGAUGUGCCCUAUCUGUCUGUUGGACAUGCUAGAUGAGGAAAGUCUGACGGUGUGUGAAGAGGGCUGCAGAAACAAGCUCCACCAUCACUGCAUGUCUAUAUGGGCCGAGGAGUGCCGGAGAAAUCACGAUCUGUUGAUCUGUCCUCUGUGUAGAGCCAAGUGGAAGUCUCAUGAUUUUUACAGGCGUGUAAUUGACCAGCAGACCUACAUAAACCCGAGCAGGCAGGAUCGGACCCAACAAGCCCAAACACAGAUGGAGUCUAAGAAUGCAGCGCUAACUAAUGAAGCUGGCAAACCCAGUGCUGAUGCUUCAUUCAGGACAUACGCCUUUGGGAUCUGUCCUGUUUCUGCUUCUUCUUCAACGUCUUCAUCUCUUCGUACUGAGAGCUCGAGAACGGGGCAGGAGGGCGACUUCUCUCUCCCACAGUAUGGAGUACAGCACAUCCCACAGACAUACACAGAGCUCGCCGAACCCUGGAUCAAGGUGUUUGGUUUGGAGCUGGUAGGCUGUCUCUUUUCCCGAAACUGGAACAUCAGAGAAAUGGCUCUCCGGCGGCUGUCACAUGACGUGAGCGGAGCUCUCCUGUUGGCCGGGGCGGGUGCGGGGGCGGGGCUUGGGACAGCAGCAGGGGGGGGGGCUGGCGACGUGGUGGUGGAGUCCUGCUGUAGCGUGCUCUCCAUGGUCUGCGCUGACCCCGUCUACAAAGUCUAUGUGGCAGCACUGAAAACCCUGCGAGCGAUGCUGGUCUACACUCCCUGUCACUCGGUGUCAGAGCGGACGCGAUUACAGCAGCUGCUGCGGCCCGUGGUGGAGACCAUCCUGGUCAAGUGUGCAGACGCUAACAGUCGCACCAGUCAGCUGUCUGUCUCCACUCUGCUGGAGCUGUGCAAAGGUCAAAUGGGGGAACUCGCUGUGGGAAGAGAAAUCCUCAAAGCAGGCUCUAUUGGUAUUGGUGGAGUUGACUAUGUCCUGAACUGUAUCUUGGGCUCUAAAACGGAGGCCAAUAACUGGCAAGCACUGCUGGGUCGGCUGUGUCUGAUCGACAGGCUCUUACUGGAGUUUCCUGCUGAAUUCUACCCUCAUAUUGUGUCAGGUGGAGACUGUAACCAGGCCCAAAACGUUGUGGAGAGGUAUCAGAAGCUGCUGCCUCUUCUGAGUUUCGCGCUGCAGUCCAUCGAUAACUCUCACUCCAUGGUGGGUAAACUCUCUCGCCGCGUCUUCCUGAGCGCUGCUCGUAUGGUAGCGCGUGUGCCUCAUGUCUUCGUUAAGCUCCUGGACAUGCUCAACAUCACCAGCUCCACUCACUAUGCCCGCAUGCGCCGGCGUCUCCUGGCCAUCGCUGAGGAGAUGGACAUCCUGGACGUCAUCCAUCUGGGACUAGACGACCUAAAGGCCUACAGUUCGCACUCCAGCGCUUUCCUCGAACCCUCAGCCCCCCAUAACUCCCCAUGCGCCACCGAAAGAAACUCUCCCACCCCUGAUCUACAGCAGCCCACCGCCAAGGUGGCGCUUUCAGGUCAAGCCAGUUCAGCUCCUGUGGACGAUAUAACCGAGAGACUCUCAAACGUCGUCACAAGCCCUGCUGAGUUUCCAAAGCCCCCCGUUCAGGCCCGAAACAGACCCGUGAGUCAGUGUUUGAACUCCCCAUCAUCCAGUCAACCCCCGAGCCUUCCUUCUCUGUCCAUGGCCAACGCCUCAGCCUUCCCUCCAGAAAACCCCAAAGCCCUGCCGCAGAGUUUUAUGCCCAACAAACUCGCCCAGUCCUCAUUGAGUACCCAGUGUAAGUUGCCUCUGCAGAAGGGACUAAACUGUAAGGAGCCAGAGAAGCUGCCUUCGCCCGUGUUUACCCAAGCUCGACCACUGAGUCAGAUCCACUGGCCCAGACCCACUCGCCCCUCUCCCGCUGCCUCAUCCGAAGGAGCUAAAGCUUUAAGCCCAGGGACAAAGAGCAGCAUGAAACUGGACCUUCAGGAGGUCAGGUCCAGAGACGGCGCGGUCUGCAGAGGCGGAUCAGCUCUCAUCCCCAGCGAGGACUCGGUCUUCACCCCAGUGGAGGAGAAAGUCCACGGUCUGGACGCCUUGGCUGAUCUCAGCUCCAGCAUGGAGGACCUGUUGGAAACCUCCAUCCCCGCGGCAGACAGCACCGUCACCUUCCAGUCCGAAGUGGCGGUGCUGUCACCGGAGCAGGCGAACACGAGCGACGACACGUACAGCGAGGACGUGACCCAGAACCAGAAGUGCAAGGAGAAGAUGGAAGCUGAGGAAGAGGAGGCGCUGGCGGUGGUCAUGGCCAUGUCUGAGUCGCAAGAUGCCCUACCUGUCAUCCCACAGUUACAGGUGGAGAAAGGAGAGGACGUGAUCAUUAUUCAGGUGGAUACACCAGAGACUCUGCCUGGUCAUACCAAAGCAAAGCAGCCAUACAGGGAGGGCAUGGAAUGGCUCAAAGGUCAGCAGAUUGGCCUGGGUGCCUUUUCGUCAUGUUACCAGGCUCAGGAUGUGGACUCUGGCACUCUGAUGGCUGUCAAACAGGUGACGUAUGUGAGGAACACCUCCUCAGAGCAGGAAGAGGUGGUGGAGGCACUACGAGAGGAGAUUCGCAUGAUGGGUCUCCUCAACCACCCCAACAUCAUCCGAAUGCUUGGGGCAACCUGUGAGAAGAACAACUACAACCUGUUUGUGGAGUGGAUGGCAGGUGGCUCUGUGUCUCAUCUCUUAAAUAAGUAUGGUGCCUUUAAAGAGGGUGUGAUCAUCAACUACACCGAGCAGCUCCUACGAGGUCUCUCCUACCUCCACGAGAACCAGAUCAUCCACCGUGACGUCAAAGGUGCCAAUCUACUUAUUGACAGCACAGGCCAGAGGUUGCGGAUAGCUGAUUUUGGGGCAGCGGCACGGCUGGCUUCAAAAGGCACCGGUGCGGGAGAGUUUCAGGGUCAGCUCCGGGGAACCAUUGCCUUCAUGGCUCCUGAGGUGCUGAGAGGGCAGCAGUACGGUCGCAGCUGUGAUGUCUGGAGUGUGGGCUGUGCUAUUAUAGAGAUGUCGUGUGCGAAGCCGCCCUGGAAUGCCGAGAAACACUCCAACCAUCUGGCACUCAUUUUCAAGAUCGCCAGCGCUACCACAACGCCCGGUAUCCCACCGCACCUGUCUCCAGGCCUGCGGGACGUCACGCUGCGCUGCCUGGAGCUCCAGCCCUCCGACCGACCGGCCUCCAGAGAGCUGCUGAAGCAUCCCGUCUUCCGUCACAGCUGGUAGACUACUGAAGAUACUGUGCCUCAUACUGCUGUCGUGUGCUCCUACUGCCUAGAGUUCUUCUGUCUUUCUCUUGCCACAGUCACCCAACAGGGCCCUGAAUGCUGUAGCCUCAACACCUGAUGCAUAGUGUCUUUAGUAAUAGAGAGGCUGAGAUCAGUUCCUCACAUUUGAACACAUUUGGUUCGGUCCGUGCAUGUUUUACACCAUGAAUGUGGUUUGGUGAAAGACAAAUCUUUGCUAGUUGAACUAGCGCACCGCUGAAUGUGAAUGCUUACGAUGCCGGUAUGGUUCGGUUUCAUUUCACUUCUGAAUGGAGAUCAUGUGUAUAAAUAUCUGGUUUUACUUGUUUUAGCUUAAUGGGUGUAAUCGGGAACCUUUUCAAAGCUAUGACCCGAUUUUAGACUGCGAUGUGUGUCUGUAACUCUUAUACUUUACUUGUUGGAAAGGCUCACUGGAACUCCAUUUCAGUUUUUUAUGUUGUGAUUUGACUCAUGAUUCGGUUGUAAUUUCAGCUGUUGAUUACUCGGCCAUGUUUUUGGUGCUGUUCUGUUCACGUUGGCGAAAAUCCGACAGGCGUUUUGUAAAUGAUUAAGCUUCGCAAAGGAGUAUUCAGCACCUGUAACUGAAUAUUUCCUCAUGUGUUAUCUACUCUAUUGCAAGCUGUUGAACAUUUCGGUGGAGGGAUCAUAUUUAGCUAAUGACUUUAGUGCUCGUAAGCAUCGUUUUCCCAAAAACAAUGAACAUUGUGCAUGUUCUGAAGACGUGUCAGGUGUAUGAACUGUAGACAUUUUUAAAAAAUGUUAACAUUAUU